AUGGGCCUCCAAUUCCGAGAUUGGCUCUUCCGGGGCCGUUACCACGACUCGGCCAUUUACCCAUUCUCGACUUUCUGGCAAGCGUUUAGGGCUUGGUGUGAUUCUAAUUUUCGAUCUCUUACUAUUCAAAUUAGGUCUAAUGAUGGAAAGCAAAUUCCUCAUUCGGCCAUUGAUAAGGAAUUCCUUGCCGCUCCUAUCAAAUCUGCCACGGACAAAUUCGCACUUCUGCCGGAGUUUCUAAAGGUGAGAGGGCUGGUAAAGCAACAUUUGGACUCGUUUAAUUACUUUGUGAACACGGGAAUCAAGAAAAUUGUUCGUGCCAAUGAUCGGAUUGUGUCUGGCAUCGAUCCAAGUAUUUACCUCAGGUUUAAAGAUAUUUCUAUUGGUGAGCCCUCGCUUACAAUGGAUGGUGUCACUGAAAAGAUUGCUCCCCAUACAUGCCGCUUAUCUGAUAUGACGUAAGAUCUGUUUGAUAGACUUCUCAUUUAAUUUGU